AGGGAAUAUGGCGGUUGUUUAGGUUAGUCAGCCUGUUCUUCGGUACAGAGCAGCUGAAUGAACUAAAACGCUCGAAGAUAACAGUGGGUUCCGUACUUUCAUCUUUCUAACCAGCAUUAGCUACCCAACGUUAGAUUUUUUUCUGGGAAAUUACGCGAUAUGUGUUGUUUUUAUUUUAUGAAGUUGUCCUAUUGAGUAACGCUACUGCCACAUUGCAAUCGUUUGCCGCUUUUUAAGAAACCAAAGGGGGCGGGUUUUGGUCAUUAGCUUGCUAGCUUCCAAGAUAGCUAGCUAGCUAGCUCAUUUCUCUUGGCGUUGCCAGUCAGGUGCAUUUUAAUGAAGUCAACAUUUAUUCAGUUAUUGCUAGCUAGCUGAUUACUGAGAGGACAUUUUCCCGUUUGUGGACUGUCAGUAUGAGUUUUGACAGCUAGCUUGCAAAUAACAACCGCUUUUCCGUCUGGAUUUUUUUUAUUAUUAUUUUCUUUUUUCUUUUUUGGCGAGGGUGGUCAUCUAACAAAUGUCGGAUAAUCAGAGCUGGAAUUCUUCAGGUUCCGAGGAGGAUUUGGAAACUGAGUCCGGACAGCCUGUUGUUGAGCUCGGUGGAGUCCUCAGUAAGUGGACCAAUUACAUCCAUGGAUGGCAGGACCGCUGGGUCGUGUUGAAGAACAAUACCUUAAGCUACUAUAAAUCACAGGAUGAGAGAGAGUACGGCUGCAGGGGAUCACUGUGUCUCAGCAAGGCUGUUAUCACGCCCCAUGAGUUUGACGAGUGCCGGCUGGAUAUCAGCGUGAACGACAGCGUGUGGUACCUGCGCGCCCAGGACCCGGAGCACCGGCACCAGUGGAUCGACUCCAUCGAGCUGCACAGGGCAGAAUCGGGCUACGGCUCUGAGUCCAGUCUCCGUCGCCAUGGCUCCAUGCUGUCCCUCACGUCUGCUGCCAGCGGCUACUCCGCCACCUCCACAUCAUCUUUCAAGAAAGGACACAGUUUGCGCGAGAAGCUGGCGGAGAUGGAGACGUUCCGGGACAUUCUGUGCAGGCAGGUGGACACGCUGCAGAAGUACUUUGACGCCUGUGCUGACGUCUCUAAAGACGAAUUCCAGAGGGAUAAAGUCGUGGAAGACGAUGAAGAUGACUUCCCCUCCACUCGCCCUGACGGAGAGUUCCUGCACAACAACAACGGCAGCAAGGAGAAAUUGUUUCCGUCUCUGAGCCCCAAAGGGAUGAACGGGAUUGAUUUUAAAGGCGAGGCCAUCACGUUCAAGGCCACCACCGCUGGGAUCCUGGCCACUCUGUCCCACUGCAUCGACCUGAUGGUCAAGAGGGAGGACAGCUGGCAGAAGAGAGUGGAUAAGGAAAUGGAGAAGAGGAGGCGGGUGGAGGACGCCUGUAAGACUGCCAUGGUGGAGCUGAAAAAGAAGUCUCACUUCGGAGGCCCUGAUUAUGAGGAAGGGCCAAACAGCCUUAUUAAUGAAGAAGAGUUUUUUGAUGCUGUUGAAGCUGCCCUUGACCGACAAGACAAGAUAGAAGAGCAGGUAACGUCCCACGCCGAGAAAUCCCGGCUCCACCGGAGCAGCCCCCCGCCCUGCGGAGACGCCUACUCCAUUAUCGGCACUCACCGCUUCGCCCAGAAGCCCCAUAGUUGCUCUCCCUCCGUGUCACCCGCUGACGUAGCCAGCGUCUCUCCCGAUGCUCACCGGUUCAGCGCACAGGUGGAGGAGAUGGUGCAGAACCACAUGACCUACUCCCUGCAGGACAUGGGAGGUGACGCAAACUGGCAGCUGGUGGUGGAGGAGGGGGAGAUGAAGGUGUACAGGAGAGAGGUGGAGGAGAACGGGAUAGUGCUGGACCCUCUGAAGGCCACCCACGCCGUCAAAGGAGUCACCGGCCACGAGGUCUGCCACUACUUCUGGGACACGGACGUUCGGAACGACUGGGAGACAACCAUCGAAAACUUCAAUGUUGUGGAAACGUUAUCGGACAACGCUAUCAUCGUUUAUCAGACACACAAGAGGGUGUGGCCUGCCUCUCAGAGGGACGUCCUGUACCUCUCGGCUAUCCGCAAGAUACUGGCCAACAACGAGAACGAUCCCGACACCUGGCUGGUGUGCAACUUCUCCGUGGAUCACGACAACGCCCCUCCCAGCAACAGGUGCGUCCGUGCCAAAAUCAGCAUCGCCAUGAUCUGCCAGACCCUGGUCAGCCCACCAGAGGGCGACAAAGAGAUCAGCAGGGACAACAUCCUCUGUAAAAUCACCUACGUGGCUAACGUCAAUCCUGGGGGCUGGGCUCCAGCUUCGGUCCUGAGAGCAGUGGCCAAGCGGGAGUACCCCAAAUUCCUGAAGCGCUUCACCUCGUACGUCCAGGAGAAGACCGCCGGCAAACCCAUCCUCUUCUAAACCCGUCAGAGCCCAGGUACAGCCGCCUGCCCUGCGCUGUUCUGCCCCCUGCUGGCGGAGGCCACACAGAGUACACUUUCCCAGACGCCCCGGACGCAAGAGGACCGGCCAGCAGCAUGGACCCCACCACGCUCCCGUCUGCAGACUGUUCCAGAACUCCCCAACACUACCUGCGUACUCCCACCAACUACAUCUCCCUCAUUUUCUGCAGUGGGGUUCAAAGGCUUUAACCACCAUUAGCGCUCACAUCUUACUGUAGAACUGCAAGUGGAUAGCCAAAUGUGUAUUUUAUUUUUAUUUUUGUUAUGUUUUUUUUCCUGUCAAAAAAUUUAAUAUUGGUAUAUAUGUAAUUCGUUUAUAUGGCAAUUUUGAAGGUUGAGCAUAAACCGAGUCUAUUUUGGUCCUGCUAAUUGUAAAUGGCCUUUUAUAUAUAUAUAUAAAUAUAUAUAUAUUAUUGUGAUUUGUUUUGGAUUGUUUGGAUUUGCUAUGUAUAAGCGCUGGUCUCAAGGCUUAAUUUCAUGCUGCUAUUUUUUCCUGAAAUGAAAAACAAUGGGUCGCCUUUUUUCUUAAACAACUGUCUUGUUUGUGAAACCUGAGGGCUGUUGCUGACCUAUGACCUUUUCACUCGUCUCUCUGGUGAAGACCACUCACUGCGUCCGAUGGAGGAAGAGUUUGAAAAUUUGAUCUUUGUCUUUUUGUUUAUGUUCACAUAUUUUUGGUCAUAAAUCUAUAUUUCUACCAGGGAUUUUAGUUGUAUGUGUGUGACAGAUGUGGUGUGAUGUAUAGAAGUGGGACUGAAAUUAGAGACAAGGGUAAAAAGGCCACGUUGUUCCAGUAUAGACUUUGAGUUUAGAACAGAGUUACCAGCCAGAUAGCAGAAAGCUGCAGUGGGAGCAUUACCAGCCAAGCAAUGCAUUUGUUUGGCCUUCCAAAACGCAACAGCAGCCAACCCAGUUGCGUUAUUCAUCAACAGUGAUGUCCCAGCAGGUCAUGACGUUAACUGCCCUGGCUUAUGAAUUCUAAACUGAACUGUAGAGAAAUGAGCAGAACUUUUCCAUUGCAUUUCAGUGACAGAUUUUCUUUUUUGUAGGUGUUGGUGUAGGUAGUGAACAUUUCAAGUUUGGUCCAUUAGAUUCACAUAUCAUUUUAUCAAACAUACACAUGAAAUGUGUUUGUAAAAAUAUGUGUUUAUGUUCUCUGUGACUGUUGAGUCUUCAUAUGCCUUAGAGAAGAAGAAAUAUAUGGGGUGUAAACCCAAUAAAAUCACUAGAGAAAGUGCCUCAGUCUUACCCCACUGUAGCAGGGCAUAUGAUUUAUCACUGGGUACUUCCAGCAAGAUGAUGUCAACAAGAGAAGACAUACUUUUUAGCUUUUAUUUCUUUAUUGGAAAAGCACAUUUAUAUAGAAAUGUCAAGGGGAGCGGGGUUAACAUCUCUUUUUUAAGGAGCAUUGUGAUUUUGCAAUGGAUGGGGACAGCCUGUCAUUGUGGAGAGUCCUGCUAGAGCUUUGCGCCAGUCAGCUUUUUUUAGUCCAAAAAAGAAGAGCGGCCCAUCGCUGAACUCUCGCCCCCAGGCAGGGCAUGGGUUCCCACAAUCCCACUUGAAGGAUGCAUUUCUUGACUUGGGUCCUGUUGAAAGGCAGGACGAGCUGUGGGUUGGGGGGCGGGAGUUUUUUCUGGCUUGGGUUCUCAUUAGUUGCAUUUGCACUGAAUGUAAUGCUUUUGGGGAAAAUGUUCUGUAAAUAAAAUGAUUUCACUAAAGGUCGUGUGCGGUGACUAAUAUUGCAAUGUAGUGCACUCGCGUUCCUGUGAGAGAGGACGAGAAGGAUCGGAGUUCUCCUUCAUUCCAUAUGUAUCCAGCUAUCUCUGUGCUUUCAGCUAUAAUCUGAAUGUGUGGCACAGGUUUUCGGGAGGGGGCAGGCGGAGCUCGUGAACACGGCAGUGUGGAUCGUCCUCUGCCUCCCGUCAUGGUUUCCAUGGUUUUGUCUGUCUUAUGAUGCUUUUGGCAGUGUAUAGAUGUUUUUAUAGGAGCUUUAUUAAAUUCUCCAUUCCGUAAUGUAAAAAGAAAAUGGAAAUCAAAACUUGUAUGAUAACAUGUUCUAUUUGAAUACAGUAUUCAAGAUAUAAAGGUAUUAAAAAUUAAUACGGUUA